AUGAUUGCUAGACCAUUACUUAUGAGAUCCCAACUCCCAGUCUCUGCUUGGGGACAUGCCAUAUUGCAUGCAGCAACACUAAUUCGCAUCAGGCCAACGAGUAAUCAUAAGUUCUCCCCAUCACAAUUGAUACUGGGUCAAGAGCCAAAUAUAUCCCAUCUCAAAAUUUUUGGAUGUGCCGUAUAUGUCCCAAUUGCUCCACCACAGCGUUCUAAAAUGGGACCCCAGAGAAGGCUGGGUAUAUAUGUUGGAUAUGAUUCUCCAUCAAUCAUUAAGUAUCUAGAGCCAUCCACAGGGGAUCUAUUUAAAGCUCGUUUUGCAGACUGUCAUUUUAAUGAAUCAGUCUUUCCGACAUUAGGGGGAGAAAGUAAACAGCUGGGAAAAGAACUUAGCUGGAAUGAAUUAUCAUUAAAUUAUCUUGAUCCUCGGACUAAAGAAUGUGAAUUAGAAGUCCAAAAGAUAAUUCAUUUACAGAAUUUAGCAAAUCAGUUGCCUGAAGCAUUUGCUGACCCAAAAAGAGUGACUAAGUCACAUAUACCAGCUGAAAAUGCUCCGAUUAGAAUCAAUGUCUCAGAAGGACAUAAUCAAAUUGCUACUGAGUCUAAGGCACGCCAGAAGCGUGGUAGACCUAUUGGUUCCAAAGAUAAAAAUCCUCGAAAAAGAAAAGGAGCAGAAAUUGGCACAAGUGAAAUCGAGGAAACUAUGAAUGAAAAAUCUCCAGAAGAGACUUUACACAUGACAGAAAUUCAGGUACCUGAGAAUGAAGAGAUCUCAACAAAUUAUGUCAUGUCUGGAAUAACAUGGAACCGUAAGCAAAUCGACGUCGAUGAAAUUUUUGCAUACAAUGUAGCAAUUGAUAUUAUGGAUGAGGAUCAUGAACCAACAUCUAUUGCAGAGUGUACACAAAGAAAUGAUUGGCCAAAAUGGAAUGAAGCAAUAGGUGCAGAAAGAACAUCUCUUGGAAAGAGAGAAGUGUUUGGACCAGUAGUCCGCAUACCUAAAGGUGUCAAACCAGUAGGACACAGAUGGAUUUUUGUGAGAAAGAAGAACGAAAAUGGUGAAAUAUCCAGAUACAAAGUUCGCUUAGUUGCACAAGGUUUCUCACAAAUUCCUGGAGUUGAUUAUGAAGAGACAUACUCUCCUGUGGUGGAUGCAACUACGUUCAGGUUCCUUAUUACUUUGGCAAUAAGAGAAGGACUUGACUUACGCUGA